AUGGCAGGCAGUCCUAUGACCGCAGGCAGGAUUAACGUCGCGCAGAUUAACUCGCAACACUGCAAAGCGGCCUCAGCUGUACAUAGCAGGGACCUUGCAGUGGAGCACACAGACAUAUCACUCAUACAAGAACCAUGGGUAUUCAAGGGGCUUGUAACGGGGUUGGAAUCAAGGAACGGAGCAAUUUUGUGCAGAAUAGGGGGGCCAGACGAUCCGGGCCCCAGGGCGGCUAUUUAUAUUAAUAGUAGACACCAGGCACUUAAAUUGAACCAGUUCUGCAACAGAGACCUGGUGGCAGCAUUAGUGAGACUAAAGCUUGCCCGGGGAGGGACCACCGACAUGGUGGUGGCAUCAGCAUACCUGCCCUACGACUCGAAGGAUCCACCACCUACGGAGGAACUCAAGGCGCUGGUAAGGUACUGCACAAGCGAAGGGCUCGAACUGCUGGUGGGGUGCGACGCAAACUCGCACCACACGGUAUGGGGCAGCUCUAACACAAACAGGAGGGGAGUAGUUCUAUUGGAGUACCUCAGCCUGGAGCGGCUGGAAAUUCUCAACAGGGGAUCGAAGCCCACAUUCAUCAACUCCCUUAGGAGGGAGGUGAUUGACCUAACUCUGUGCACCAGUAAGGUGGUACACAUGACCAAAAACUGGAGGGUAAGGGAAGAGGACACUUUUUUCGACCAUAGACGAAUCUCCUUCUACAUAGACGGGGACGCGGCAUGGGAACCGACGGUAAUGUACAGGAACCCCAGGGCAACCGACUGGACCUCCUACAGGGAGGAGCUAGCAAAGGGACUCAGGGGCCCCUGCUGCAAAAUAAGAACGAUAGGCAUGGUUGAGGGCGCAGUAGGUACCCUACAGACUGCCAUCAUAGAUAUAUUGAACUAG